AUGCUCAGUGUUUACCCGACAAACCUCACUCUAACCACCAAAGAUAUGAGCCUCGCAGAUCCCUGCCGACCAGGGCUGCGGGGCUUUGUUCGUCUGACCAACGCCCUGAAUGCACCUGCGGUCUUCCGUUGGGUUCCACUUUUUGACGAGGAGGGCAGCACCUUCUUCCAGAUUCGGCCUAAAAGUGGUGUGGUCGACGCGUUUUCGCAAUUAGACUGUGAGGUAGACUACGACCACGCGUACGGAGCCUCUAAAAACGGGAGCUUCGACCUCUACGUUUGUGCGCUUCCGGCAGACCAGAGCUGCCUCUCAGAGGAGGAGGAUCUUGAAGGUGCGUGGGCGGCUGGUGAACAGAAGACCUCCCAACCAGUGGAGCGUCUCAUCUGCACCGCUAAACUGCCCACGCCCCGGGUGAGCACGGCCUCUACGCGGCUCACACUCGGCGCCAUCCCCCUGGGCCUGGCCUCCAGCUGGACCGUCAGUCUCGUGAAUACGGGCAAGGCAGUCGCCUUUUUCCGGAAUGAGCUGACAGCUAGUUCGUGCACACGCCAGAAGGAGAAUUCUAAGAGGCUUUUGGGCAGGCCAGAUGUCCCCUGUUGCCGAAAGGUCACACUCACCUGUUGGCCGACCACUGGCCUAUUAGCGGUGAAUGGAAGAAACAGUAUUAGGGUACGUUAG